AUGAAUAGUUCUUGUGGGGAUAUUCUCCUCUUUAGUGCUUACAAGUGGAACAUCACCAGAACUUCAUUGUUGACGGACUAUAGGGAUAUACUGGAUGGAACUACGAGUCAAAAGUAUUGGCUUGAUGUACAAUGUCACUGGGGUGAUUUUGAUUCUCAUGAUAUUGAGAGAUACACUUGA